AUAUAUAUAUAUAUAUUUCCGGCUACGUAUCUACUUAUAUACAUUGGAAAUCCCUGUUGCGAGGUGGCCCUCUCGAAGCGUCUCUCUCGAGACGUUUCGAGAAGAUAUACCGGCUAGGUCUCGAGGGUGGCGCGACGAUCUGCACCUGCUCGGGGGAAUUGUGGCUCUCGUGUAUUACGUGCCUCCCUUCGGGGUGUCUGCCUUGAAGCCUUGGCAACAGGAACGUCGGCAGUUUUCGCCUAAUCUUUUCCGCGACGGUAUUCAGAUCUCAUUGGUAUCCCGCGGAUUCGUAUAUUGCGAACAUUUCGAUCCCGUUUGCGAGGUUAGAAGUCCAGUAUAGACCCUUCAGCCUGAUUAACGGUAUCUGCGCACUUUUCGGGAUUAAUUUCCCUCUAGAGGGCUGCAAGUGGCGUCGCGGUCGGCGCCUUUACGCCUGCGUCGCGGUGACCCAGAGCGGCGGCGUAGAAGCUGACCGAAAAUGCGCAGUUGGCUCUUUUCCUGGUUAAGGUCGAAGCGCACGUACCCGGACCCUAACGGCCCGGAAACAAUGCCCAGGGAACGUUGUACGUGGUUUCACGCGAGACGGCGCACACUUGUCGGUCAGGAUUGUCCCUCGACCGUGAGCCGGCUGCACUGCGAAUCGGAGUCCUUCAAGAUGGACCUCAUCCUGGACAUCAACUCUUGGCUGUACCCGAUGGAAUUGGGUGACAAGUUCCGAUUGGUCCUGGCGACGACCCUUCGCGAGGACGGAUAUGCCGACAGUGGUGAAUGGAACGCCAUCGAACAGGAAGGUGGUUCCAGGGCGGACAGUUUCGAGUACGUGAUGUCAGGAAAAGUCUACCGAAUCGAGGGGGACGAGGCCAACAACGAGCCGAGCAGUAGGCUAUCCGCCUACGUGUCAUUCGGAGGCCUGCUGAUGCGGCUGCAGGGGGAUGCGAAUAAUUUACACGGCUUCGAGAUCGACCAGCACAUGUACCUCCUGAUGAAGAAGCUCGCCUUCUGAAGGACCAACUCGUCCAGCCAGCAGUUCUUUGGUGUUCCCAAGCGGCGGCAUCCUAUACAUACGAUCCAUCCGCAUCAGUUAGCAAUGGCCCAACGAGGCUUGAAUUGCAUUUACCUUCCCGCGAUCCAUAAAUCCAUGGACAGUGCUAAAUGAGAAAACGUCGAGAGACAUCGGAUUAAUGGUCUUCAAUAUGUGGCCAACGGAUACGCUCGUUCCAUGGAGGAUUCCUACCUUACCGACGGCCCGGCCGAAUUCCACCAAUAGGGUCGCAGUACCUCUUUUCGUAGUCUUUAUUUCGCGUCUUCGCCUCGUUCCUCGUCGUGGUCAGAGGUCCUUUCUGCCCUAGCUUCGAUGUUAUCUUCAUCGGCAAGCUAAAUCUAGGGCUAGAUUUUUAUUUAGGCUAUGUUUGUAUUUGUCCGCCUAUUAACGCAAUACCUUGUAACCCGGUAUUUUUAUACGAGACACGCUCGGGGCGACCUAGCUCUCUCUCUCUCUCUCUCUCUUGUUCUUUCCUAUCCAUCUCCUUUCGUACAUUUGGCUCGGACGCGUGCAUCUCUUGAAUAUCCACCAAUCCUGUAGACCGGCUGCCAGCUUACGGCUAAAUGCGACUGUGGCCUGAAAAUAGGUACCCCAGGCACCCUCAGGCACACAUCGCACCAGAGCCACCGACUUGGCUGAGUAACUGAAUAAUUCUCGAGGAUUUACAAGCCGCGGUAACCAGGUUGGUCGCUUUCCAGGCCACGAGGCCUUCCCGAUCCUCUUUGGGCGCUUUCCGGGCGGAAAUGCGCUCCGCCUUGCAUUCCUCCGCUUGAAUUAUUCCUCGAUAAGACCGAUAUGACCGGUGGAAUUCGGAAAUGAAGAAAUUUCCGAAACGGCGCGCCCCUUACGUCAUUCUUCCAGCAGGCGGGAACCGAGCUACUGAGAAUUUUUAGGAUUUCCGUGGAGAAGGGACUGCCGUGGCUGAAGAGACGCUUCUUGAAUUAUUUGGGGAGAAAUUCGCCCCUCUCGCGUGCAGUCUGAUUCCGUAGGUCGAACAAGCCGUGUUAGAAAUUAUGCGUAUCCGGGAGAGUAUGUACUACCUGAAAUGUUGAAAAAAUAAAUGAACAAUGAAGCGUA